GUGUGUGUGUGUGUGUGUUGUUUAUUUUUGUCUUCUCCGACACUGUUUGUGAAUAACAGUAUUGUCCUAACGGCUUUUGCCCCAUUGCCAUGGCAACCUCAGCAACCUCAAAGAGAAUCCCAGAAGCACGUGCUCCACUUUCCUGCGCGUGCGUGCUACUCCACUAACUAGUACGCCAGAAACAGUACGCGAGGAUAGGUCGCGAGCGUGCGAGUCGCCAUGACAACGCCCAAACAUGCGCACUACCGUCCUAAAAAGUGUUUAAACUCUUUUCUCCCUCUUCACGGAGGAGCGGACCCGAGCGAACCGGACUGCACCGGCCCCAGCUGUUUAACGGCCCUGUCCCAAACCGCUGCCUACUCUAGUGCACUACUGCAGGGCUACAGGUCUGGUACACCCCGCACGGUGCACUGCACGGCUAGCUACUGCCCUAUACACGCGGUGUCUAUCUUACACCCCAUAGUGCGCCUUUCUAGGGAGUAGGGUGCUAUUUGGGAUUCGGCCCAUGUCAUUCAUUUUGUGAUUCUCUGUAAGCGGCCAAAGCUGUUCAUGUCGGACAACUAAAACUUUCUCACUUUCCUAGCAGUGAUGUUCACUCUGUCAGAGCUCUGGUCUGUUACUGAGAGACAGGGUCACUAUAAGCUGCUGAAGCCAUGGUGGGAGGUCUUCAUGGACUAUCUGGUGCUCCUCAUGCUCAUGGUGUCAAUCCUGGCCGGGACUCUAUUACUCUCACAGGACGGGGUGGUGUGUGUCCCCAUACGCUCCACCUCAAGCAACUCCAGCGCUUCUUUUGGAAUUCCCUCAGGUCCUGGUACACCUCAUACUGCGUCAAAUGUCCCCAUAUCCAGGAGUCUGGCUACAGGCAUUCGGACUGACCUUGACUACCAGCAGUACAUCUAUGUGAGCACCGUGUGCUACCACAAAGCUCUGCCGUGGUUCUCACGCUUCCUGCCCUAUGUCACCUUACUGCAAUCGUUGCUCCUGCUGGCUAGUGGUUCCUUCUGGUUCCACUUUCCGCUCACCUCUGCCCGCAUUGAGCACUUUUUAGCCAUCCUUGCCAAGUGCUGUGAGUCGCCCUGGACCUCCAGGGCACUUUCCCAUGCUGCCAAGCUGGACAGAGCACAUCACAGUCUCCCAUCAGAUGAGGACAAAGUGACAAGGACCCAAGUGCCACACAUUCCUAAAUUCUUUACUCGACAGUCCAGCCUUGACUCCGGGACUGACAGCCCCCUGCUGGCCAGGAUGGGUAGUACCUCCACCCAGCCUUCUCCAUGUCCAUCCAAUUUGUCACACUGCUCCACACUGUCCUCUAUCUCAAUCCUAGAACCUGCUUCUCUGCAUAAGGCAGCUACUGUUCUUCCAGAAGGUUCUAGCACCGGGCCCACGCUGGACCGGAGUGACGGAGAACAGGCCAGAGCGCUGUUUGAGAGAGUCCGCAGGUUCCGGGGACACUGCGAGAGCUCUAAUAUCAUUUACAAGGUGUACACAGCUCAGACGGUGUUCAAAGUGCUGAAGUUCAUUGUGAUUGUGAGCUACACCACACCUCUACUGGGUUCCAUCUCUUUUACUCACACCUGCGAGCCCCAUUCCCACGCUUUAACAGGAUACCAGACCUUCCAGUGCAGCCACCUGCUAUCAUCUGUCCUGCGCAAGCUGAUGAAAGCCUACAUCUGUCUCGUGGGCCUUUACGGCCUGCUGGGUGUCUACACCCUUUUCUGGAUUUUCCACAACUUUCAGUCGAGCAUGGAGAUGAAUGCUAACAAAAGCGUCAAUAGAAGUGGUGCUAUUGAGCAACUAGCAACAGAGGAUCUGCUACAGAUUACGUCUCUGAGACAGUACUCGUUCCAGCAUCUGCGUGAAAUAGGUUCCAUGUUGGACGCUCCAGACCUGUGUAAUGACCUGGCCUUCUUGUUACACAUGACGGAUCAGUACGACCCCCUGCUGGCUCAGCGUCUCUCAGUUUUCCUGUCACCUGUCAGUGAGACACGGCUCAUGGAGGAGAACUUGGAGCGUCGUUGGAACGCCGCCCGUCUGCGCUCAAUGAUAACCUCCGAUCACAAGGGGCGCGCUCUGCUGCAGCUGGUGGCCGUUCCUCAUCUCCCUCCUGCACUCUUCACCCUGAGCCAGCUGGAAGUGCUGAAGCUGGAGUUAAUUGGAGAUGCUAAGCUAACAGCACAGAUCUCCAAUAUGACUGCCUUGAGGGAGCUUCACUUGUACCACUGCUCAGCUACUGUGGAGUCUGGUGCACUUAUAGUCCUCCAGGAGCGUCUAGAGUCUCUGCACCUCACCUUCACCCAAGCUGCAGAGAUCCCUGGCUGGGUGUAUUCACUGCGCAGCCUGCAGGAGCUACACCUGAGUGGACGAGUGGCCAGUGAGGGCACUAUCGGCCGUGGCUGGGCGCUGGGCAGCCUACGCUAUUUGCGCCACCUACGGGUCCUCGCGUUGCGUGGCAUGCUCCAGAGAAUCCCAUCAGAGCUGAGCGAGGUUGCGGGCAGCUUGGUGCAUUUGGAGAUCCACAACGAAGGUGCCAGGCUGUUGGUGCUAACAGGACUGCGACGUCUUGUGGGGUUGACUGAACUGGAGCUGCAGGGAUGCCAGCUGGAGAGAUUGCCUUCUGCUUUGUUAUCGCUAACAGGAUUGCGCAGUUUGGACCUGCAGCACAACUGCCUAAGGACACUGGAGGAACUGCUGGGACUGCAGCAUCUGAGGCGUCUUUCCUGCCUACGAUUGGCCCACAAUCGCAUACUGGCUGUUCCUACCAGCGUGGGAGUCCUGCGGGCCUUGGAGCUCUUGGACUUGUCACACAAUGAGCUGCGGAGUCUUCCACCAGCUCUUUUCACAAUCCAUCGACUCCGGCGCCUCCUGCUGGCUGGGAACCUGCUUGAGGAACUGCCUGCUGAAGUGGGGGCACUCACUCUCCUCACUGAGCUCGACCUGAGCAGGAACAGGCUCGAGAGAAUUCCAGAGGCACUUUUUGCCAACUGCAAGGAGUUGCGCAUUCUGAGUUUGGCCAACAACUCCCUAGGGUCGCUGAACAUGGGAUUGGGCUCUUUGAGGCACCUUUCCAAGCUGGAUGUACAAGGAAACAACCUUGAGGAACUGCCCAUUGAGCUUGGUUGCUGCUCAGGGCUCCGUGGAGGUGGUUUGCUGGUGGAGAGCUGGCUGCUCCACACUUUGCCAUGUCACAUCAGAGACUUCCUCCAGCAGCCAUCUUGUGCUUCUUCCAAAGCUAAUUCCCGCCCUUGUUCCGAUACAUUCCCUGCCUUCUCUGCCGCCCAGUGGAGCUUUCUCUCAUCUGUGGAAUCACGCAUAUAGUUGAGAAGAGAUCUGAAAAUGCUUUCAAUUUGAUGGUGAGAAAGUCAGUGAGUGUUUUGUUCGGCAACAACCACUGGCCCGAAUUCACUAGAAGGAUGUAGCAUCAAUGCUUUCAUGUUGAGAUUCAGUGAAAAGCAAAAUAUAGACUCCUUUCCACAUUCUAAUGACGGAUUAGUAACCCGAGCUCAAUUUUUAACAAAUUUUGGAACAGUUUUAUUCACUUUAUUGUUUUAUUAUUUUAAAAUCAGUAGAAAAAAGUCCUUUAUUUAACACCGCAUAUUAUAAAUCUAUGUUUAUCUGAAUGUAUUAAAUCUCACACUCACAAAAUUGUACUCUAAAUAAAUGAAUGCAAAUAUAAAAUGUCAUCAAAUGAACUAACUUCAGCUAAGCACGGCAAUGUCGCGAUGGACUGACGACUGCGUGAAAAACUGAUGGUUAAAAAAUUAUACAGGCUAAUAGGCUACUAAAGUCAUUACAAACUAACAGUAAGCCUACCCCAGAUUCUGAAGUCAGUUACUUUCAAAUCAAAGGCUACUAAAUCGUAUCGUAUACUAGAGUAGCAGAAUCCAGUGACUCGUAACAUAUCGUGUGAAAGCCUGAGGUUUACACCCCUACCGAGUGCUGUCUAUUUACAUUCAGGAAAUUCUUGUUUGGAUUUGAUAUUUAUAGUGUUUUUAAAUUGUCAGUAUAUAUUAAUGGGUGUAUUUUUUUUAAAGGUAAUGCAUUUGUAACUCCAUAAUUUAAUUUACAAUUAAAACAAUAACAUUUGACUAAUCUCUGUUUUUCAUUGGGUCUUCAUGUUCAUACUACACUCACUGUCCA